GGUGGUUUAGUCCUUUUCAGUCUUGACAGAGGUCUUUAUCCCGUUUUUGGAGUAAAGAAACCCGAAUCUUGCGAUGUAUCAGUGGGAGUUGAGAACGUUUUAUUUGUCGGGUUCUAUAAUACUAGCAAUAUGUCUUCUGUGCAAUCUUGAAGAGGUCGUUGGGAAAUGCAUUCCGUCCAAAUGCACUGAUCCAAACACCUGCAUCUUAACAGAGGACGAACAGGGCUGUAAAUGCGCACCGGGUUAUUUUGGAGACCAGUGUGACCAAGCUGUUCUGAUGAACGUUGUGUGUGGAAAAGAUGCAAUCACCAUCUCGGUGAUUGAGGAUUUUUUCAUAUACUACAAUGUUGGUCUUGGGUCUGUUCACUUGACCAACGCUGAGUGCCGUGCCAGGAGGGAGGUGAUUGCCGGGGUUGCAUUCUUCACAGUGCGAACGCCGAAGGACAAGUACGAGUUCUGUGGUGGCAAACCUAUUGAGAAAAACAUUACACAUGUGAUUUACUCACUGACGUUGAUGUCGGAUCAGCAAGUGUACGUCAACAUCGUAAGAGACCCAGCCAUACAGAUCGACUACAAGUGUGUCUACCCGUUCAUCCGCACAGUCAGCAUGCCUGUUCCCAUCCUCCCCAUAACAAGUGAGGCGGUGUUGCGCAUGGACGAGCUGGAAGCAACGGUGGAACUGAGCGUGUACAGAGACGAGAGGUAUGUGGAGGUCUUCAGCGGUGUGCCUACUGUGCACUUCAGGGACCGAGUAUUCGUGCAGGUCAGCGUGACUCGGCCAAGGGACUUCUUCAACUUGAGGGUGGAUGAGUGCUGGGCCACACAAACCGCCAAUCCCAAUGACACGUCAAGCCUCAUGCACACACUCCUGCUAGAUGGAUGUGCUGAAGAUGAAACUGUCUUGUUUAUAACGAAAUCCAUUACAUAUCGUAACGGUACAAUGGCACAAGGGGGACAAAACGGUGUGAGCUCAACUGUGCGUUUCUCCUUUGAGAUGUUUCGCUUCAUCACCGAACCCCACGAGCUUUACUUGCACUGUAUAGUUCACCUCUGUACCCAAGGGCAUGGAGAGUCCUGCAUUCCUGAAUGUAAAUCGAUCAUCAAGAGGGAGGCUUCCACAAAGGAGCCUGUUGAAGGUAUUGUGUCUUAUGGCCCGAUCAGACUCGAAGUGCCUGAGCGGCAGAAGAUGAACAUGCUUUUCACCAUGGUUCUUCCAAUGGCUGCAGUCUGGAUCCUGGCACUCUUUCUACUUAUCCUAAUCUACAUCGCCAGGGCUGGGAACAAGCGCAUGGCUUCCGAUUCUCCAUCAUAAUGCACCUGCACCUAAACCUUUUAUUUUAUUUAUUUUUAUGUUCAGUAUGUGCUUAUACUGCCUUGGUGGUGAUUUGUAACUUGUGCGAACUAAAGAUGAUGAUUACAA